AGGUCUGACUUCGUCCCCAAGGCUUGUGGGGCUCCUUCUCUCCCCUAUGCCAAACCCAAACCCAUUCAUUACCCCAGCGAUGCUAUCAGACUAACUUAGAAAAUGCCAAGUAGAAAAUUCGCAGAUGGUGAGGUGGUAAGAGGACGCUGGCCUGGGAGUUCACUUUAUUAUGAAGUAGAAAUUCUAAGCCAUGACAGCAAGUCCCAGCUUUACACCGUAAAAUACAAAGAUGGAACCGAACUUGAAUUGAAAGAGAGUGACAUGAAGCCUUUAACUUCCUUUCGGCAAAGGAAAAGUGGCUCAACUUCCAGUUCUCCUUCCAGACGCCGGGGCAGUCGGUCAAGGUCACGCUCCCGAUCCCCUGGUCGGCCACCUAAAAGUUCCCGAAGAUCUGCCUCUGCUUCUCACCAGGCCAACGUUAAGGAAGCAAGGAGGGACAUUUUGGAAAUUAAAUUGACUCCAUUGUCAUUGAAGUCAUUUGGAAAUAGCAUCAGCAGAUACAAUGGGGAGCCUGAGCACAUCGAGAGGAAUGACAUACCUCACAAAAACAAGCAGGACAAAUUCCACCUGUCAGAAGAAAGUUAUAUAGCUACGCAGUUUAGUCUUCGUCCAAGAAGAGAAGAGGUCAAGUUAAAAGAAAUUGAUUCUAAGGAAGAAAAACUUGUUACAAAAGAACCUGCAUCGUCGAGAACCUUCGAAGCGACCACCACACAGAGGAAGGACUUGGAGUUUGGAGGAGUACCUGGUGUGUUCCUCAUUAUGCUUGGUCUGCCUGUCUUCCUCUUCCUGUUGCUGUUGAUGUGUAAGCAGAAAGAUCCCAGUCUUCUGAAUUUCCCUCCUCCUCUGCCAGCUUUGUAUGACUUAUGGGAAACCAGAGUGUUUGGGGUCUACCUCCUCUGGUUUUUUACUCAAGCUCUGUUCUACCUCCUGCCAAUUGGGAAGGUUGUAGAAGGAACACCUCUCAUUGAUGGAAGAAGACUCAAAUAUAGAUUAAAUGGAUUCUAUGCCUUCGUCCUGACAUCUGCAGUUGUCGGAGCAUCUCUCUUCUGGGGCGUGGAGCUUUCUUACGUGUACAGUCACUUCCUGCAGUUUGCACUCGCCGCCACUGUUUUCUCUGUGGUUUUGAGUGUUUAUCUCUACGCACGCUCUCUGAAGGCGCCCAGGGAUGAACUCUCACCCGCCAGUUCUGGAAAUGCUGUCUAUGAUUUCUUCAUUGGCCGUGAAUUAAAUCCUCGAAUUGGUACUUUUGAUCUCAAAUACUUUUGUGAGUUGCGCCCUGGAUUGAUUGGAUGGGUGCUCAUUAACUUGGUGCUACUUUUGGCUGAGAUGAAAUCACAGCACCGCACUGCUCCAUCCUUGGCAAUGGUCUUGGUUAACAGUUUCCAGCUCCUGUAUGUGGUGGACGGUCUCUGGAAUGAGGAAGCAGUGCUGACCACCAUGGACAUCAUCCACGAUGGAUUUGGGUUCAUGCUGGCUUUCGGAGAUUUAGUGUGGGUCCCAUUUACCUACAGCUUCCAAGCCUUUUACUUAGUCAGUCAUCCAAAUGAAGUGUCUUGGCCAGUGGCUUCACUAAUUAUUGCCCUGAAGCUUUGUGGAUAUGUAAUCUUCCGAUGUGCAAAUUCUCAGAAAAAUGCAUUCCGGAAAAAUCCCACAGACCCAAAGCUUGCACAUCUAAAAACCAUUCAUACUUCAACGGGAAAAAGCCUUCUAGUGUCUGGAUGGUGGGGCUUUGUCCGCCACCCGAAUUACUUGGGUGAUCUCAUCAUGGCCCUGGCAUGGUCCCUCCCUUGUGGUUUCAAUCACAUUCUGCCUUAUUUCUAUGUGAUUUAUUUCACCAUAUUGCUUGUCCACCGAGAAGCUCGUGAUGAGCAUCACUGUAAGAAGAAAUACGGCCUGGCCUGGGAGAAGUACUGCCAGCGGGUGCCCUAUCGUAUAUUCCCUUACAUUUACUAAUCCUCUUCCGGCGUGUGCUUAAAAUGCUCUCGUGAUUCUGGCUUCGACUUGUCAAAAAAAAAGAAAAAAAAAAAAACCCAAAAUGAACUUUCUUUUGUUGCACUGACAGGAUCUGUAAGUUUUGUUUUUCCUUUUGAGUCAGGACUAUAGAUCUUUUAAUAGAGCCGUGUUUGUUUUUAUUAAAUUAUGACAACAUAAGGAAAAAUAAGGUUGUCAUAAUUUACAUUGUAAUAGGAAAUUUUCAGUCCUUAAAAAUCUGAAAACAGAUUUAAAAAGUCUUAUAAAAGCCCUGAAAAGAAUAUUGUUGAUGUUUAUGGUUUUUGAUUAUUUUCAAAAUUUUUUCUUUUGUUUUUUGGUCUUUUUAUAAAGGAAAACACUGUUACGUUUAAAAUACAUUUAUGUUUUAUUGCAUUAAAAAUAGAUUUCUACUUCGUUUCUCUUUAAAUCUUUUCCCAGUUACAUAUGAUUUGAAAGUAAAAACCGGUCCUAUAUUAAAUGCUAUGUGUGAAGAGUGAUGAAGAAUUAUUAGCAGACACUGUUGAAGGGGCAUCAGUAGUGGCACUUGUCUUAACCUCGACUUUUAAACCUGUGUUUGGAAAUGUAAAUACGUAGCGUACUUUUUAUGUAAUAUAUGGUGACUUCAGAAUUUUCUGUACAGUAUUUUGAAUGUGAGAUAAUUGUCAGGACUAACUAUCUUUUUGAAAAAAAACAUUUUCAGUAUUUUAAAUUAAGCUUUGUAAAAUAAUACAUGUGAAUUAAAAAAUUUGAAACAAUUACAAUUCAUUUAAUAUUGUAUAGAAGAAGGAAGGGUAUUUUUCUUAAUCCAAAGUUUGCAAAUUUGGCUUUGCUACCUCAAUUGCAGGUGUUUGUUUGCCUUUAUAAGCUGUUGCAAAUAGAAAAAAUAUAUAUUUUUGGAAAACCAUCACUAUUUAAGCAUUCAAGCAUUUUUACACAAAUUGGUGUUUGAAAAUUUGCCAUUUCAGGCUAAUAUUUUUAUAUGUUUUUGACUUUUUUAAUUCAACAGUGUUUUUGCUACUGUUUAAGCUCAUGCAGUUUAUACUGUACUUUGUAUAUCUUUUAUAUUUACAACUUUGCUCUCUGUAAAGGAGUGCUAUCUAAAACAGCUUCUUAAGGGGUUAGUUUAAAGUCAUAUCUGUCUUUAGUUUAAUAGAUGUACAUAAGGUAACGUUAGCCAUUAAAUUUUAGUGAUGUCUAUUAGUCUCAUUGUUAAUUGGCCCAUAAAGGAGCAGUAGCAAAUUCACCAAACUUUUGUAUUCAAAGUUAAAUUGCUUUCAGCAUAUUAAACAUAGGGGAAUGUGAUAAAUAUAGUGUGUAUGUUUGGGUUUUAAUUAUAAUUACACAUUUUAUAUAUGAGCCAUUUAGAUAAUGCAGUGUUGAUUUUACACUGCAUUUUGAAGUGUAUGGAACUUAGCUUAUGUUAAUGUGAUCAUGAAGUUGGUUUGC